CUCUCGUCCUAUCUCAGUGGCGCCUUAUAAGCCACCGCGGCUGAGGACUCCGUGUCUUACUUUUUUUCUGAAGAGCAGAGGAACAGCGAGAGUUAGCUAAAUUCCAGCCGUCAUGUCUUCAAGGGUUGUUGCCGUGUGCUUGCUUUUCCUGACUGUGAUUGUCCUCAUUGACGCACAGCACGUGAGGCCCGACACCAUUCGAGUGCCGCCACCACGCAUUAACCUGCCGAAAAUUCCACCGCCGCCAAGGACGCGGAUCGAUAUUCAAGGAGGUGGCGGGCGAUCCCAGCACAGCGUGAGUGGUAGCAUUCACCAUGACGUGUACCGCCCCAACCGUGGUCCCACAAUCUCCAUAUGGGGUCAGGGCUCGCACCAGCGGCAUCCAGCCACGGGCAGCCACGGCCAGGGCCAAGUUGGAGUCGGUGUCAGGAUCCCCAUAGGAAGGCGCGGAUAAACAUCAGCGCUUUCUCUAUUGCGUGCCAAUCAUUUCCGAAAUAAACAUGUGUUCAUCUACCUUGUG